AUGUCGACUUUACCCGCCAACGAGAAGUUGGCUGUGACUGCUGAUGGGGAGCUUUUGGAUGCUCCAGCUCCAGGGCCGCUGGCAACAGAUGGCCCGGCUCCCUUGCAAAGUCGACAUCCAUUCUUUCGGAGGACUCUCUUCCAAAUCUUGGUCGUGGGCUCAUGCGCAUUCUGCGCGCCGGGAAUAUGGAGCGCCAUGAAUGGUCUCGGGGUGGGAGGUUCUCAGAGCCCCAACCUGGUCAAUACCGCCAACGCGCUUCUCUACGCCUUCAUGACGGUUACUUGCUUCGCUGGUCCGUGGCUUACCAAUGUGAUCGGCUUCAGGUGGACAUUGGCCAUUGGAUCGCUGGGAUACCCCCUUUACGCCGCAGGAUUGUAUCUCAACAACCGCACGGGAGCCACUUGGCUGGUAUAUGUCGGAUCGACGGCUUGUGGCAUCAGCGCUGGCUUUUUCUGGAGCGUGGAAGGUGCCAUCGCAACCGGGUAUCCCGAGCAACAUAAGAGAGGACGAUAUAUUGCCACAUGGUUUUCUUUCCGCAACUUUGGAAACAUUAUUGGCGGGGCGAUCUCACUGGGGAUCAACCACAAAGUCAAUCACCGUGGAAAGGUCGGCUACGAGACAUACCAAGCCUUCAUCGCAAUCCAGUGCUUGGGCUUCUUCCUCGGCUUGUUGUUAUCAAACCCCGAAAAGGUGCAACGCGACGACGGCACUCGUAUUCAAGCACCGAGGGGAAUUUCUCCUCGUACCGAACUGGCGCAGAUGUGGCGGCUUCUUCGUAGCAAGCCAAUCCUGCUCCUGUCGCCUCUGUUCUGGUACUUCGGUUGGAUACAGGCAUACCCAGGCACGUAUCUGGCACGCUACUUCACGGUCAGAUCCCGUGCGCUUGGGAGCUUCAUGUCGGCAGUCGUCGGUACUCUAGCCACCUGGUUGAGUGGCAUUCUGCUUGAUCUGCCCUGGGUAAAGAAUCGAAGAACCCGAGCCAUUUCCACUUAUAUUUUCAUCGCAGCGCUCAACAGUGGCACCUGGAUCUGGGCGGUGUAUAUUCAAAACGAGUACCGGCACACCAAGCCCGUCUUGGACUGGGGCGACCAGGCCACGUUCGGGCGCGGAUUUGGCUUGUAUUUGUUUGAGAGAAUCAGUCUGGGGAUGGUGGAGAACUACAUCUAUUGGUGUAUUGGGAACCUCUCCGACUCACCUGGGGACCAGAUCCGCUAUAGUUCGCUGCUGCGAGGUAUUGAGACGGCUGGUGUGGCUGUCGGAUUUGGAGUCCAAGCAGUGCCGACGGCUCUUAUUGCGACCGCAAGCAUCAACUUCGGACUGUGGUAUUUUGCGCUGCCCUUCAGUUAUUAUGCAACGCUCCAAGUCGUCCGCAAGUUCAGUCAGCUUGAACAGAAAAAGCAGGAGGAGCAGGAGGAACAGCCGGCGGUGGUUGCAUCAGGCGGAGAAGUGGCGGCCAAGUGA